AUGGCCUCCCCAGCACAACCAUCCGUGACGGACGCCCUAGCUACCCUUGCCGCCGCAUGCCCGUCGUCCCCGCCGGCUGCCGCCCUCAAGGCCCUCUGCCGGGCCUCGCUAGAGGCUUCGGUCAGGGCUGCUCUUGCUGCUGUCCUCCCGCAUGCCCUGGCCAUGGCUGUCGAGGCUCCGGCGGAUCAUCCGGCUCUGCUCUAUGUCUGGCGCCUGCUGCGGAAUGCUGCCGCCGGAUGUGAGGACAACCAGCUGGCUCUGGCCACAGCGCUCGCCUCCUCGCCGCUGCUCCAUCCGAACCACUUGACCGCCCUCCUUGCCCCUCCGGCCUCGCCGGCCUGUGCGGUGGCGUAUCUGCAGCUGUUGGUCAACGUGGUCUCGGCUAACGAAGCUGCUGCUGCUGUGCUGUUUGAUCCGGCUCUACCGGUCCUCUCGGCGGUGGUGGCCUCAGAGGCUGCUCGCGCCGUCGAUGGCCUCAUCGGCCUCGUCCCGCUGUUUGUGGUCCGCGCCGCCGUCGCCGUUCCGGAUCUCUUGCCACAGAGUGAGCCUUGGCUUGCGCUUGUGCUGGAGUUAGUGGCCCAACUUGAUACCGAGGACUCGCUCCUCUUCACCAACGUUGUGCAUCUGGUCGAGCUGGCGGCCGACGCAGGCGUGCUCGGCGCCUGGCUGGCCGCCGCCAAGACAGCGUCGCCUGACUCGGCCAUGGAGCUGCUGAAGAUCCUCGACGGCCUCGUGCACCGUGCCGAGAGCGAGGGCGGCGACGUGACUGCAUUUACUCCCCUGCCGCUUGCCGAGACCAUCAUGGACGACCUGGUGGGCGACAUCAACGCCAUGCUCAUGCCGCUAGCCGCCGGCGCGCCGACGGCCGGCAGCGGCAGCGACAGCGACGACGACGACGGACUGACCGGGCGCAUUGCUGUCAACCGCGACGUGCAGGACUCGGCCAUGGCGCUUCUCCGCCUCCGCCUCCGCAUCCUCGGCAUGGUGCUGGGCGGGGCGGAGCCAGUGCUGCGCGACGCCGCCGGAUCCCGCGGCCUCGUCGCCGGCGUCACCAUGCUGCUCAAGGCUGUCCACGCCGCGCAAUCGCACACUGUCCAGGCACGCCGCGCGCGGAACGGGCCUGACCAUGACGGCUCUGGCAUUCCCGACGGCCUUCUUGCCGAGGUCAUGCGGCUCGUGGCCAAUGCGGCCUUUGAGUCGCCGGCCAACCAGGACGAGGUGCGCGAGACCGACGGCAUGAUGGUCAUCCUGGACUGUUGCAAGCUUGACGAGCGCAACCCAUAUCUCCGUGAAUGGGCUCUUAUGGCUGUCCGCAACCUCACCAUUGACAACACCGCCAACCAGGAGGUCAUCGCUGAGCUGGAGACUCGCGGCAUCGCUCCCGGCACAGACCUCGACUCGCUUGGUAUUGAUGCCGAGAUCGACGAGCACGGCAAGCUCCGGGUCUCGCGUCGCAAGUGAGCAUCCUCACUGCAACUCGCAGCAGAGCCAUCAAUCAAAGACAAACGAGUGCGA